AUGAAUGCGAACUGGAGACACCGGCGUGACAGUUGUAGACUAGACUGUUGUAGACCAAACUGUUGUAGACCAAACUGUUGUAGACCAAACUGUUGUAGACCAGACUGUUGUAGACCAAACUGUUGUAGACCUCCUGACUGUUGUCGACCAGACUGUUGUAGACCAGACUGGUAUAGACCUCCAGACUGUUGUAGACCAUACUGUUGUAGACCAGACUGUUGUAGACCUCCAUACUGUUGUCGACCAGACUGAUGUAGACCAGACUGUUGUAGACCAGACUGGUAUAGACCUCCAGACUGUUGUAGACCAUACUGUUGUAGACCAGA